AUGGUGACCCUCCUCAACAGCAACGGACCCGAUCCGCUGCCGGCGCCUAAGCAGAUUCGCUUCGUCAAUAACCAGGGCCAACCACCAACCAAGAGGAGAAGGAUAAACGCUGCAUGCCUCACCUGUCGCAGGCGAAAAACACGGUGCGCCGGCGAACAUCCUACCUGUUCGACAUGUACCAAGAAUGGACACGACUGUCUAGGGUAUUCGGAUAGUAUCGAGAAGAGCGGCAAGAAAGAUGGUGGUCCCGAUGAAGACGAAUACGCCGACGAAGAUUUGGAACUCGAUCGCAAGCAGUUGAAAAAUAACCGAAGCGGAGUUAAGCAGUUCGAUAUACCCGAUGAUUCUCCCAAAUCUGCUCGCCGCGCGUCCGAACCUGUUCAAGAUUCUGCAAACCCUGAUAUACAAAUGAAAUCGGAAAAUAUAAACUGGGAAGAGCCAAGUUCGCAGCCAACACCGCGCCCCGAGCCCAUGGGUCGACCGCCGAAUCCGCGAAAUCCUUCCUUCUCAACCGAAGGCGGCUUUAGCGAGGCUGGCCAUUCGCCAGUCCAGUUCCACAACGAGAGCCACCGGGUGCCUUACUUUCGCUACUUUGGCCCUACCGCUAUAGUACCGGGCUUCAAGCAGAUGGUAGUCAAAGUACGAGAUCGAAGGCGAAGCUCCAUAUCGGCUACUUCGCCCAGCGGCGCGAGUUCGACGUUCUCCGGUAUCAUGAAUUCUAUGCAGCCAGACAUUGAACUCACCCACUUGGACGACAUGCCUGUCUACGAUCCCAACGACACAAACGACGUACCUCCGCUGAUCCUCCACCUCGUCGAGACAUUCUUCCUUCACUUGGGGAGUAAUUACCCUUUUCUGCGGCGCGAUAAGUUUCCCAGAUUAGUUCAAGAGAAGCGAGUAGAACCGAUAUUAGUAGACGCUGUAUGUGCUCUCGCAGCACGGUUUUCUGACCACCCAUUGUUCCGGAAAUGGAACGAAGGGAAGCUAGUCAAAUCGGAGUACGGCUACAUCUAUGCUCAGCGAGCUAAGGCGGCUACCGUCGAUACUUUCCCAUGCCCGACAGUCUCUGCUGUCCAAGCGUGCCUAUUGAUGGCGUAUGACGGUUUCGGUGCCGACCAGGACAGCGCCCUAUGGAUGUAUUUGGGAAUAGCAAUUCGUAUGGCGAUCGACUUAGGUCUAUGUAAAGAAGAUGGCGUGCGAUAUCAGGGCGAGAAAGAUGUUUGGUACGCGCGGGGUUACAAUAGGAAGUCGAGCGAAGAUUAUUCCCAGCAGCACCAGCAGGGCGCAGACGGUACCGUCCUCAGUCCAGAAGAACAAAAGGAAGUUGAACAGGAACGUAUCGACACAUUUUGGGCUGUCUUCUUCCUUGACCGUGCCAUCUCCUCUGGCACCGGUCGACCAGUUUCUCUUCGAGACAGCGACUUCGAUUUGCAGCUUCCAAGGUCCUCUGUUGAUCCCAUGUCUGGCUGGCCUGAUCCGAACGCGUCGCUGCUGCAGAUUAUUAAUCUUUAUGGCCGUGUCUCAGAUGUGCUCAAUAAUAUUACGCAUGCUCAAGACCUCACGCAAGACAAGAUGAACAAGCUUGCCCAAAUGGAAAUCGAACUCACAAGACUUCAUCAGAGGACGGACCCGCGCCUCCGGUUUGAUGCUAAUAAUUUCCAAGCUCACGUAAAAAAUGGUCAGGGAACAACUUUCAUUCUCCUGCACUUCUGGUUCCACGCGUUGAUCAUCGUCUUGCAUCAGCCAACGUUGCUAACGAAAGAGGGUACUAUCAACCGGGCGCACCAGUUAAAGACGCAUAGUCGAGAACUGUCUAUGUCCAGUGCGAAGACGAUCGCCGACAUCCUUGCCUUCGCCGAAUUAGUCGAUCCGAAGUGCUUCAUCGGUAACCCCUUUACUUCUCAACCUAUCUAUAUUGCAGCAUGCGCGUUUCUUAGGGAGUCGAGAGCUAGUUCGUCGCAGCCCGGCUCGAGGGAUACAACUCCGCCCCCCGAAUCUAGAGGUCAGACAAACAAGAGCGGCUCAGCUGUGAUCGACUCGGGUCCAGCUUCCCGGCAUCUGCUCCUAGCCUCCGCUGCGAACCAGAACUACCAAGCAUGCUAUAAAGCUUUGAAGCAGAUGCACACUUACUGGGGAGGUGUCCGAUAUAUCCUCACUGCCCUGGACCAGAAGUUGGACGGCCAAUGGGAUUGCGAGACAUACACGAUCGAAGAAUACGAGAGUGCCAGACGAUACCGCCAGUCCUGCGUUAUCAGUAGGUUUGCAAACAAAAUAGACUAUCCCGCAUCGCCAAUUCCCGAUAACGGACCUCCUCUCGCAUGGUCAUUGACGGGUACGACGAACUCUCCUAAUUCGAGCUUGACGCUUCUAUUCCAAAACCCGGUCAAUCCUAAUGGCAUCAUGCCCUCUCCGGUCAUCUCGUCGACAGCCCCCACAUCCGCUGCGCCAACCUCUGCACCUACUCCACCUGGAAACAUGAUUUAUGACCCUAUACGCCAGAGCCUUCCUGAGACUACCACGCCUAUUUAUCAUCCCGCUUAUCCCCAGCCAAACACCUCGGCUUUGCGGCACUCGAUUAGCCACCCUCGCCGAGUUUCGGGAGGUGCAUCAACUCAAAACAAGUCCUCGUAUCUGAGAUUUGAGAGCCUAUCUGGUCAAGAUGACCCUAGCAAGGUCUCCAUGAAUAUUCCGCCGGCGUUAUAUACGCCUUCGUCGCAGCAGUCGACGAGCUACGAUCAAUCGGGAACAAGCAGCUACCCUACAAACGACUCGCCAGCUAGUAGCACGCCGAGCCAGAACAACAUCGGAGGGCAGUCGUCGAACGCAUCGGAGGGCGGGCCGUCCAACUUCGCGCAGAGCGGUAGCGGACUUGCGUCCAGCGGGUACUCGUACCUAGGGCCUGGCGGGGCAUCGAACCUACACCUACUAACUUACGACAACGAGACGGAUAUCGGGCAGCACCUCACGAGUUUCGAGAGCACCGAGAUGCUAAGCUGGUUCGGUGACUACUUCCCGGGCGAUAGCACAUGGCUAUUCCCGGGGGACUCGACGAUGUCAUGACGCUUACAAUCGUGACUACAUGCAGCAAGCUAGCGCUGUAUGUGCUAUACGUUAGAAAGACCGGGAAUUGUAGAGUUCGGGGAUGGGAUAGAUGCGGAUGGCUCACAUUUAUAUACCUGAUGCAUGUCUAACCCCGUUCAUUCUCUCCCUAUCUAUUACCUAUCUACCUGUCCACAUAAUUCAUUGCACUUUUUCGUGUCCUACUAUUAUACGUUAUCUUUAUAUAAGUCUUGUGGAAGGUAUCGUAACGGGGGAUAUCAUUUCGGGAGGCAAAAACGAACCUUUAGAUACCACAGCUCUUUUCCCCUUUUUAUUCACUACCACCUAGACCAUUUUUAUUCCCGUCAUGGGCAUUUGUUUCUCAGUUCCUUUCAUCCUCUGGUGGACCCAAGCUUGCGGGUUGAGGGUACAUAUAUACCGUAGAAGGAAGGAGGCUUCAGGGCGAGGAGAGGUCAUGAAAUUGUGUUCUGUCGGAUGGGACGGAUUAGCUCGUCGGAUAUUGUUAGGCGUAUAUAUAGGUAGCCAUGACUGGAGAGUAUGAGAUGA